AUGGCCACAAUGCUCAAACACAUAACUUCUCCUUUGUCGUUGUCAUUAUUCGUGUUCUUAGCGUUUACAACUGCAAAUGCAAUGCUUAUCAAAGACAUGUGCGCACUUUGUAAGGAGACAAAAGACGUGAAUUUCUGCUUGAAAUACAUUGGAACAGACACACGUAUACUAGACGCAAAUGGCUUUUAUGACGUUCUUGUGAUUCGAGAUGAGAGAAUCUGCUUUAUUCCUUUGCUAAAAAUAAAAGUGUCUUUAUUUCUUACUAAGAUUUAUUAUCAGAUUUCUAAAUGCCAAGGCCAAGUGACCAAUGCAGCCAAACAAAUCAACAAAGUCCGCCAGAAGUUUGAUGGUCCGGUUGGAACUGAAAGAAUAAAGUUUUGUCUUGCGAGUUACCAUCUAGCAUCUAAACUUUUCCAAAAAUCUUGGGAACAAGCACAUGAAGACAUGUUUGCAGCAGGUGCUCAAGAUUCUGCAACGAAAGGUGCAAAAUUUAUGCGCGAGUGCGAAGAAGAAUGGAAGAAUGGACAGAUACAAAAGUCUCCAGUCACUUUCUAUACCACAAAUGUUGUCAAACUAUUAUCUAUUAUUCAAGUUGUUGUCUCUAAGAUUAGUGGCGUGCAGUGGUUCGAGGUGUUGGAGUUGUUGGUCAUGAAUGUGGGUGUGGUCAGGGUUUGGCAGAUUCUCGAGGCCAGUGAGAGUGUGGCCAGAGUUCCACAAAGAGGCACGUCAAAGGGUCAUAAGCGUAUUAGGAGAGACCUGAGGGGUGGAGCCCAGUAUCGAUAUGAUCGCUUGGUGGACUUGUUGAUGUUGCUGUUAGAGCGGUUCCCAAAGGCGGUACCAGUGCAGGCUCAAGUUGUGCCGCCUAUGGUGGGAGUGCAGCCGCGGGCUGCGAAUGUUGAGGAGCUGCCAACCUACCUCAAGAUGAUGGAGCUAUUGUAG